GUGGGAAAGGUGUCAUUGGAGCUCUGGCUCUUAUUGACGUGAUCGUUGGGGUGGACAGGCUCCUUGGAGCCUAGUGUUCCUCCUAGGAUCUCAAUAGCUCUGUUGCUGAUCACCUCAUUAACGUUCAUGUUGCUUUGAGUCCCAGAUCCAGUCUGCCACACCACCAGAGGGAAAUGAUCAUCCAGUUUACCAGCUGAAACCUCAUCUGCUGCCUGGAUGAUUGCAUCUGCGAUCUUUGGGUCGAGGCCAAACUCCUUGUUGACUUCAGCAGCCGCUCUCUUCAGGAUCCCGAAGGCCUUGAUCACUUGGAUCGGCAUUCUCUCACUUGGUCCGCCUAUUUUGAAGUUCAUGGUGGAUCUGACAGUCUGGGCACCGUAGUACUUGUCAGCUGGGACCUUGAGCUCACCAAACGAGUCCCGCUCGAUCCUGUACUCUGAACUGGCCAUUCUGGACGUGCAGACGUGGAGUUUGCAGUUGACGCUGCCUCUUUGUAAAGUCAGGAGGCUGCAGUUAAACUGCUGGACGCGUCUCAGAGAGCGAAACAUGGCUUCUCACUAGAGGUGAAUCCGGGGGGAGGUCAACGCAGCCCUUCCACUUUAUGAUCCGUCAUUGGGUGGAUAGGAAACGAGUCCGCGGGUCAGCCAAUAGCGAAGCAACAAAGGCGGGUCUUCCGCUGUGUUCGUCGUAUCGAAUGGAUACGAUCAGGUUGCUCCAUCCGGAUCAGUGAAGCGUCUCACGACGUUGCAGGAUUGUAUAUCCGGCAUGACCACGAAGCAUUAUUUACUUUGUAGAAUAAAAGUCAGUAACUUUAAAUAUUUUAAUACAUUCUUAAUGUAUCCAUGUAUCCAACAGACCAACUUUUUAAGAAAUAAUCUCUUGGAAUAGAGUGAAUCACAGUUAUCUACAAUGCCUUGAAAACUUGUUUAUAGUUUCUAUAUGUACGGACCCCAGUUUAUUUUCUGUUUUAAUUCUUCCAAUUUGUAUAUAAUAUUGUAUAAACCAAAUAAAGUUGCUGGGGGGAUAAGUCAGUAACACCUGAAAGCAUUUUUAUGUUCUGAGUAUACUAUAUAGUGCACAAUGUUUGUUUAUUGUGUGUAAUGAGACUGGAAUUUAUGAAAGUUGAUAUAUGUCAAUAACAUGAAGCCAACUGGGAACAGAAACCAUACAAAAAAUUAGGAUUACUUUUUAAUUCUAAGAUGUAAUGAAUCUACACUCUUCAAUACUAGUGCCGCAGUAGUACACGGUGAAUUAGUACAAGUAGAUAUAUACGGUGUACCGGGAAGCAAGGUGCUGGAUUGAGUUUGCAAAUGAGUUUGAAGAGUAUAUUCAAAUGUUGAAGGUCCUACAUCAUGUGACACCUAGACCUACUUUUAUGGUGACAUUGGAUAGAAUUUUUAACUCAUUUUGUGAUGUAGAGAUUGGUUUAUUUUAUAAAGGAAUCUAUUAUAUUGUAAGUUAAUUACAAGAUCAAUGUUCAUUUACUGUCUAGUUAGUUAAUUUAAUUAUGCACUACUGUCCAGUUAGUUAAUUUGCAUUUUUUACACUUAAUAUUUUUUAUCGAGUAGAAAAUAAUUUUAUUUUGAAGAGUAAAAACGUUGUUAGACCGGAAGUGCCUUGUCCGUUGUUGCUAUCUUCCCUCCGCCGUCUCUUCUCGCGGUAACGUUAGUACACGGUUAGCUUUGCUAGCUAACGCCAUCGUUUCCAGGUUUCGUGUCGACCUGAAAAAAACAAGCAAACGAAGAGAGAGGCACAGAGAGGCGACGCAGCCGAAUACUUUUUAAACCCCAGGCUGCACUGAAGAGCGGGACAAUGCCACACAACUUCCAGCCCGGAGACCUGGUCUUCGCUAAAAUGAAGGGGUACCCCCACUGGCCAGCCAGGAUUGAAGAUGUGGCUGAUGGGGCAGUGAAACCACCUCCUAAUAAAAUCCCAAUUUUCUUCUUUGGGACACAUGAAACAGCAUUCCUUGCAGCAAAGGACCUGUUUGCCUAUGAAAAGUACAGCGAACGCUAUGGAAAGCCCAACAAAAGAAAGGGAUUCAAUGAAGGUUUAUGGGAGAUCCAGAACAAUCCACAUGCCUCCUACAGUGCCCCGCCUGCACCAGCCAGCUCAUCUGACAGCGAGGCCAACAAUGCUGGAGGAGGAAGUGACGAGGAGGAAGAUGAAGAGGAAGUCCCGGUGCCUCAGAAAGUAGAGUCAGCGAGCGAUGUGGACUCCGAUUCUGGGAGUGAAGACCAAGGAAAGGGUGCAGGAGUGAAGCGAAAGCCACCACCUGCUAAGCGGCCUCCCGCUCCAAAAAAGGCUCGCGGCUCAUCCAGCGACCGAAACGAAGCGGAGAGUGGAUCCCACUCUGAAUCCGAACCCACGCCCUCAGAGUCUGACUCUGGCAAGAACAGUGACCAGGAUUUUACUCCAGAGAAGAAAGCUGGCGGACGGGCUGGAAAGAAAGCAGCAGGCCAAGGGAAGAAAAAGAAGACUUCGUCUGGCUCAGAAUCAAACUCGGGAUCCGGGUCAGAGAAGAAAGCAGUGGACAGCGACUCGGAGGACGAGAAGCCGCGGCCGGCUCUGUCUGGCUCUGAAUCCCACUCUGCCUCAAAGUCUGAAUCAGAAUCAGAUCCACCGCCCCGGAAGGCCCCACAGGCACGCAAAAAAGAGAAGCCAGCACCAAAGCCUCGUGCACGGAAACCCAAACCUCCUCCGGCAAAACGAGCACCCUCAUCCUCCUCCGACAGCGACAGUGACACUGACCGCAUCAGUGAAUGGAAGAAACGAGACGAGGAACGCAGACGAGAGCUGGAGGAGCGCCGGAAAAAGGAGGAGGCAGAGGAGCUCCGCAGGCUACGCGAGAGGGAGAAGGAGGAAGACGAACAAAAGAAGAAAGACAAAGAUAAGAGUAAAAAAGGGAGCGACAGUGACGGCAGCAGUAGCUCAGAUGAAGGUGUAGACGAACACCCAUUGAAGAAGUCCAAGAAACCUCCUCCACCCCCGAUCCCUGCUCCCUCGGACUCUGAUUCUCCAGCACCAUCUGAGUCUAAGAAGUCAUCCAAGAAGCCCAACAACCAGAAGAAGGCCAGAAUAAAGAAAGAGAAGGAGAGAAAAGACCGGAAGGAGAAAGAGCUAAAAGAGAAGAAAGCCAGGCGGUCAGAAGAGAAGUCUCGGGCGAGGUCUAAGCCUGAAAAACCCAAACGCAAACCAGAGAGGCCGCCAGAGAGGAAAGUGGAAAAGAAACGGGAGCCGUUGCCAGAAGAAAAGCUACAGAAACUUCACAGUGAUAUAAAGUUUGCACUCAAAGUGGACAACCCAGACAUAGACCGGUGUCUACAGGCCCUGGAUGAACUUGCAGCUGUGCCCGUCACCAGCCAGAUCCUCCAUAAGAACGCUGAAGUUAUUGCCACUCUAAAAAAGAUCCGGCGGUAUAAAGCCAGCAAUGCAGUCAUGGAGAAAGCUAGUGAGGUCUACAACAAGUUAAAACUUCGCUUUAUGGGAAAGUUGGAGGUGGCAGCUAAACCUGAGGACAAGGAACCAGAAGAUAAUGAGAAGGAGACGAAAAACACAGACUCCGCUCCGGUGAAUGGGGACUCAGAACAGAAAAAAGAUGAUAUGGAGGAAGAAGAAAAUCCCAAAUCACCUGCCCAUGAGGAGAAUAAUGAGGAUACUGCUUCAAGUCCAAACAGACGAAGCCCAGACAGCCCUGCUGAACCAAACCUUCACACGCAUGAAGAAGCGGACAACUCCCUCUCUGCAGAGACAGAACCACCUGCUGUAGAAAGCUGAAAGACCUUAAACCACCUCUGCUGUGGACCAAGUGCUAAAGAUGGUAGCCUCCUAGUUUGACGUCAUACAGUGCUCCUGGCCCAACAACAUCGCAACACACACACACACACAGCGUUUCCUACAGUAUCUGUUACGUCACUGUUGAUGUUUUGGAUAUUUUGUACCAUAAUGACAUCAAACCAGAAGGCUCUGUCGCUCAAACUGUUUGGUCCAUUAUUUAUCACGGCAAAAAGGAAAGCUUAUUAGUGUGGUAGUCUCUGCGCAAACUCCUUUUUAUUUCUGAAAAUGUCCUUUUUCUUUUAUACAACACUCGGCCCGUCCUGGAUCUCUUCACCCCUGUACUACUGCUUCUGGCUACCUUGUUCUUUCUACCACAUGAACUCCUAUUUUGAUCUUUUACACUGUAUGUAUAUGGAAUGAUUACGUUUUGAAGCACUUCUGACCGGAAUUUAGGCUGGGGUAGUAUGAGAUGAAACUUCAAUAAUUUUCAUGGGAAAAUGGAGCCAUGCUGUUAGUUUUUUCGCUUGGAAGAUUUUGUGCAGCCCUUACAUCUGUUGGCUUCAAUUUUUUUAUAAAGUCUACAAAAUAUCACAAAGGCCUCUUGUCUGUGUAUGACAUUGUGAGAGUGGUAAAGUACUAUUUGUGAGUCUUUUAUGUUAAGUAUUUUUUUUUUCUAAUUAUCUGGUCUUGAUCCAGUUAAUCCAGUCUGAAUUGUAAAGCCAUUAACUAAGUCACAUAAAACUGUUUUACAACUGAGGUCCACCUACGUUUUUUAUAGCCUUGUUUGCAAAUAUUGGCAUUUACAGUUUUGUCUAAAAUAAUAAUUGCUGUGGAGUUAAACACCUUGCACUCUCGUCUCCCCAUAGUGUCUGCUUUCAGUAACUUGCUUAUGUUAAUAAAUGGAAUAACUGUACAGAUUGAAAACUGCCCUUAAAAGCUAUUGAGAUCUCUUGUAGCUGCAGCCUAUUUUGACAUUUUCCUGUCAUAAGCAUACAACAGGUGUUUUUAGUGCUAUGUAAAUUGUUAAAGCAUUUCUAUGACUUAGUUGAGACUUGAAUAAAAAUCUCAGCAUGG